UCCUCCUCCAGCAACCGUCCUCAUGGCAACGCACGCACGGAGGAGAGAGCAGCUUAGCAACGCAGAGACGAAGAGCAUCCUCUCAGGUCCAGACAUCGCGGUACCAUUGAUAUCACGCUGAGAGGGGGAAAGGAAGCAGCAAAGCUACUGGCAAACUGCCGUGAAUCUGCUAUAGUCUACGUAAGAGUCGUAUUUUCUCCUAAAUAACACCUCCUGUUUUUAUUACAAGAUAUGAAGCUGACACGUUUGGGAUUUGUCGUGAUUGCAUAAUGAAGUUUGUGGUAGUGCUGGUGGGAGCGGGCUCUCUAGCCUUCCUCGGCGCGGUCAUCUGCAUCAUCGCCAGUGUUUAUCCCCGAAAACGCGGCGUGACCCCCGGCGACAACGGCACAAUGACUUCGGAGGCGCUGAUCCAGCCUCUGGAGCCGGGAUCGGUGGCUCACGCCGGGCCGCUGGGCGCUCUGCACGGCCCGGGGUCUUACCAUGUGGACAACGAGCUGGGCGGCAUCGAUCUGGAGGUUCCCACACUGAACAAGCUGAACCUGGGGAAGGAGACAGGAGGCGGGUCGGGGAAACAGUACAGCUUCAGUCGGCUGAUUUGUACUCCUCUACCUGUUGGAGAGUGUAAAACCAAAGAUCUGAGGCAGAACAAGGAGCAGCAGCAGGCGGAUGAGCCGCUCUAUGGAAACGGGGGAGACGAAGACCUCCGGACGACGGCGGAGAACCUCCGGCAGAUGGUUCUACAGCAGAACGACCAGAUCCUCAUGGACCAGAGAACCAUCCGUGAGCUGACGGGAAAGCUGAGUGAAUGUGAAAGUGGUUUGGAGGACGAAAGAACCACACCGGCGCGGAGCGUCGGGGUGUGGAGCGGGAGCCGACGCGUCAUGGCCGGGGACGAUGUGAGCUCUUCCGCGGCGGCGCAGCUGCAGACGGCCCGGGCAGUGGAGGAGCUGGCCAGGGCCAUUAUGGACCUAAAGGACCGGAUCGAAAAGCUAGAGGCAGAGAUAGGUCCCGCAGCCCUGAACCUCACAGAUACAUCGGUUGGUGCAAGUAGCAGCAGUAGCACCAGCGGCGGCAGCAGUCAGACUGGGAAUACUGGCAAGACUCUAUCUUCAUCCACUGGUGGCGCUCCCUCCCCAGCAGCGGGGGCUGCCCCAGGGGGCCGUCGUCCUGGUUCUCCACCCUCCCCGGGCUCCAGGCCUUCUUCUUCCAAGGGUUCCCCUGGCCGGGUCAAGGGCACCUGGAGGGUGGAGGACCUGGAAGGGGAACUAGAGAGGAAGAUAAAAAUGCUGGAGAAGGAGCGACAGGCCAUGCGGAAAGAGACGCAAGGCCAGCACGAGACAAUCAACAAGGGCAUUGACACCGUCAAUCACCGCAUCACGGAGCUGGAGCACACACUGACAGAGCCACCAUUUCCUGAUGGCUUUGUCCUCUCCUUCCCCAUGCGGACCAACUACAUGUAUGGCCUGGUGAGAAAAGAGAUAACUGAGAUGUAUGCCUUCACUGCCUGUUUGUGGCUCAAGGCCAAAGAGGGAGGUAUCGGGACCCCCUUCUCAUACUCUGUGCUGGGGCAACCUAAUGAGCUGGUCCUGCUUCAGGGAGUCCACAAUCCUGUGGAGCUGCUCAUAAAUGACAAGGUGGCGCAGCUUCCUCUGUCCCUACCUCAGGAUGAGUGGCAGCACGUCUGCGUCAGCUGGACCCUGAGGGAUGGAGUAUGGAAGGCCUACCAGGGGGGGAAGAUGAAGGGCAGAGGAGAGGGAUUGGCUGCCUGGCAUCCUAUUAAACCUGGGGGAGUCCUCAUACUGGGACAGGAACAGGACACGCUAGGCGGGCGUUUUGAUGCCUCCCAGGCUCUGGUUGGGGAGCUAUCCCAGUUCAACCUGUGGGACCGGGUGCUGAAACCCGCUGAAGUGGCUGCCCUCGCUGAGUGCAGCUCCUCGGCGCUGGGCAAUAUCGCACCCUGGACCGAUCAGGAUGUAGAUGUCUACGGUGGUGCCACCAAGGAGUCCCUGGACCCGUGCCAUGCUGCCGAGAGGUCCAGCCCCAAACAGUGAAAGGUCCACCAGGAGAAAAUGGCCAAUCAUGGCUGUAUUUGAUGGUCUAUUUAGAGUCGAUUCAGAUGUUUAAAAAGUGUACCAAACCGGAGUUUAGAGUAUAUUUGCUUUUAGGCAGGCGACAAGCUUGCUGGUGAACUGAAAGAUUGUGCUACUAAGCUGUAAAGAGUGGUGUAUGUGUUUUGUUCUUUGUGUUGCACAUGUGUUUACUUCUGCAGUGAGACACAUAGACUUCAGUCACAGAAUCACUUGUAAAGGCAGCAUAGUGGAUCAGCUUCCAGCAUUUACAGUUUUAAUGAAAAUGCUUCUUAUAGAGACCAUACAGAAUUAUAUAAGCAGAGGAUUUGGUGGCUUUGUAUGUGGUUAUGUAAUGAAGCUGCAGCUAUGCCAAACUUAAGGUUUCUUAUAUGUUUACAGCACAAUGACACAAAGUUCUGUCUCUGCUCAUCAUGUGUCCAGUUGGUCAUUUAAAAUGCUUCAAAUGAAACCUGAGAUGCUCUUGUGCUUUUGUUGACUUUUUCACUCUAAGGCAAAGAAGAAAAGUUUUGUUUGUUUUUUUACUGUAUAUGAUUCUGCUGAGUAACUGUGAUUUUAAGUUUUCUAUAUCACUCACCUUGAUUUGGUAAAACAUUUGACUUUAAAUGUCCAAGUGUAAUGUCCUUUUGGUAAAUGUUGCUCUGUUCUAGCCUGCUGUGCUGCUCUGCUGUAAGCCUGUCUUAUACUUCACUGUCCCGCCGCUGAGGUGGGAAAAUAAAAUUUGCCGCUGCACAACGCAGAUUUCACUUUUGACUUCUAAAAUAAACACUUCUCUCCCUAACUGCUUAUCGGUCAAAUAUUAUGAUGUGUUUGACAAAACGGUGAGGCUGUUGAAUGUAAACCAGAUUAAAUAAGUAUGUCUGCAUGAGUGUUCGCUGUUUGUAAAAAAAAUGUUUUUAAAUGUGUUAAUGAAAGUGUUUCCCCUGCAACAGAUAUUUCAGUAAGAAAUUAUAAACUGACAGAGGGAGAGAGUGCUUAAUGGUGGAUUGACUGAAUUGAUUCUCCAGUCAUAAAGAGAUCUGUAGUCAAGAUCCAAAAACCUAAGCUGCCCUAAUGCUUUUAUCUAACAAGAAAAAGCAAGCAAAUAAACAGAAAAGAUGCUUUUGCAAUGCUGCACCA